UAAAUUUUUAUUUUUAUCAGCCAAAGGAAUGAAUUUUAUUUAGGGAAAAGGGGCAUUCUCCAGCCCCUUUUCAAUCGAACUUACAUAAUGUCUGCUUUAAUUGAAUCCUUGCAGGGUUCCAAACUAUGGAAAGGCUUCAGUCCCUAAUUGUGCAGAAUGCAAUUGACGAAGGGGAUGUUAAUGCUGUAAUGGACUUUUAUAAGAGAAAUUCAGAGGCAGAUAAUUUGGUAUUAUGGACGGGUCUCCCUAUUCUUCAUCACGCAACUAUUGUUGGCAAGUCAAACAUUGUCAAGGCAUUGGUUGAGAGUAUGCCUGCACUGCAAGUACAACAGAAAGAUGUAUAUUUGGGUACAGCUCUAAGUUAUGCUGCUUGGUCUGGAAACACCGAGCUUGCAAAAUACUUAGUUAAUAAGGACUCCACUCUGCUUUCUAUGAAAGAUUUGAGUCAAGAAAUCCCAGUGGUAGCGGCAUGUAGAGCAGGGCAGAAGGAGGUGACGAACUUUCUCUAUUCUGAAACCUCAUUCGAAAUCCUAUCAUGCGAAAACGGAAAACAAGGAUCCCAAUUACUUAGUCGGUGUUUUAGUUCCCAAAGAUUUGAUAUCAUGUUGGAUGUACUUCACCGUGGUGGUCAAAGUUUAAUUGAUGAAAAUUGGAAGGAUCUUUUGGAUGGAUUCGUCCGAACGCCAACAGCAUUCAGCAGUGGAAGGGGGCUAACAUUUUGGCAACGAUGGAUCUAUGAGUGUUUAAAGGUACAUAUAUCUAGCGAUUUUGCUGAUGUUACUAUUAAUCAAAAAGGAAAAAAAUUUGAAGAGAUGCCAUUGUCAGGUCGACUAUGGAGAUUGGCUUCAUUCCUUCUUCCAUUCUUAGGUAUAAAGCGAAUACAUGCUUUAAAGUGGAGUCAUGGCUUCGCCCGUGCGAGUCUACGUUUGAUCUUUCAGCGCCUGACAAAAUUACACUUGAGGAAAUUGGACACAAUUGCACUGUUGAAAGCAAUCACCAGAGCAAUUGAGAAUGGCAUUUAUGAUUUUUUAGUUGAAAUGGUCGAAACUAAUGCCGACUUACUUCUUACACCGAUGCUUCUUACACCGAUACCAGCAGCCGAUGAUGAGACCACGCAUGGAAAUUUUAGGUGUGAAAAUUUUCUCAUGAAUGCCAUUGCAUUUCGUCAGGAGAAAAUUGCAUGCUUUCUUAUUGGACUCCCCCUUGGCAAGCUAUUUAUCAAUUUACGGGAUCCACAGAAGAACACCAUAUUACAUACAGCCGGUGAAUUGGCUUCUGAUUCUCAACUUUCUCGCAUUUCUGGUGCUGCUCUACAAAUGCAAAGGGAGAUACAAUGGUGGAAGGUACACAAUGAAAAUCAAUAGCUUUUAUUAAUCAUAAAUUAUAGUGCUUAGGAAUAUAUACAAGGAUAGUCCAACCAUAUAAAAUUCACUAUAUAACUAGUAUUAAGAGCUGCAAAUUUUCAAAAGCACAUUAGGAGUUGAGUACUAUAUAUACAGAACACAAUAGUAGCUCCAACUAAAACAAAAAGUGUAAUAUGCUAAUGAAAUCAACAUUGGUCAUCCUGUCAUUCAGGUAAACUAGAAGCCAAAAACACUGCCUCACAAAACAUUCCUUCCCAUCUUCAGAAUCUAAGCUCACUUGAGCCUCUUCCAAUCCAUUGUAGGAUUCUUCUUUACAUUUUGCUUAAUUCUUUCUAAUAGUUAAAUUAAAUUAGGUUUUACUAUUACUUUAUGUUUUUCAUCAAUUAAAGCCUUUUUUUUUUCUCUAAAGAAACCCUCUUUGUCGAUGCUGCUUUAUUAUAUAUAUAUAAAUAUGUGUGUGUGUGUGUGUGUGAAUAUAGGAUUUUACAUUUAAAUUAUAAAUUUUAAAAAGGCAGGAGGUUGAAAGCCUUGUUGGCCCCCGUGGAAAAGAUACCAAAAACAAAAAUGAAGAAACUGCUUACCAAGUUUUGGUUAGAGAGCACAAAGCUUUGCUCAAGGAAGCAGAGGAUUGGACGAAAGGAUUAGCAAAUUCAUAUAUAAUUGUUGGCACCCUCAUCAUCACCAUAAUGUUCGCCGCAGCUUUCACCCUUCCUGGGGGUAACGAUGGAAAUAAUGGAUUUCCAAUAUUCAAAAACAAAGUAGCAUUUUUGGUAUACAUAAUAUCCGAUGUAAUCUCUCUGUUCGCUGCAGCUGCCUCAGUAAUAAUAUUUCUGGGAUUUCUCACAUCACGUUACAACAUGGAAGAUUUCCAAACAUCUAUUCCCAAGAUGUUGAUGGCUGGGCUUUCUACUUUGUUUGUCUCUCUUGCAGCAAUGAUGAUAGCAUUUUGCUCGACUAUUUUCCUCAUGCUAGAAAACCGAUGGUGGAUUAUC